AUGGAAGGGGCUAACCAAACUGAAGUGACUGAGUUCAUCCUCAUGGGUUUCUCUGCAUCCCCGGAGCUGCAGUGGAUCCUCUUUGUGAUGUUCCUGAUCAUCUACCUCCUGACCAUUGCCACCAACACUUCCAUCAUUGCCAUAGUCAGGAGUUGUCCGAGCCUCCACUGCCCUAUGUAUGUGUUACUCAGCAACCUCUCCUUCCUGGAGAUCUGGUACACCUCCGUGACGGUGCCCAAGUUGCUGGCUGGGCUUCUGCCAGGGAACAGGUCAAUCUCUGUCCGUGGAUGCAUAGCCCAGAUGUUUUUCUUCUUCUCCAUGGGUUCCACUGAGUUCUUCCUUCUAGCGGUGAUGGCGUAUGACCGCUACUUGGCCAUCUGCCACCCCUUGCGCUACUCCACCAUCAUGUGCAACAUCUUGUGCCUCAAGCUGUCAGUGGUCACUUGGGUGUUUGGCUUCCUGGCCUCCUCCAUCCUCACCGUGGCUGUAUCCAGGCUGUCGUUCUGUGGGCCCAACGAGAUUGACCACUUCUUCUGCGACUUUGUCCCCCUGGCCAAGCUCUCCUGCUCAGACACGCAUCUCAGCAAGCUUGUGUGCUUCACCCUGACAUGGGCCGUAGCUGGGAGCUCCUUCCUCCUCACCACUGGUUCCUACAGCUGCGUCAUACGAACAGCAUGGCGGACGCCUUCAGAGAGUGGUCUCCAGAAAGCUCUGACCACCUGUGGUGCCCACAUUGCAGUCACAGGUAUAUUCUAUGGCUCAGCCCUUUCUAUGUAUGCCCGGCCACCUGUGAUGGAGUCCUCUAACAUGGACAAGGUGGUGUCACUCUUCUACUGUGUCCUGACCCCACUACUGAACCCCAUCAUAUACACCCUACGGAACAACAUGGUGAAGGAGGCACUGAGGAAAGCAAUGACAACCUCAGGAUUAUUUAGGGUCUAA